GCCCAGUCCAACACCCACUUACUGGAAACGGAGGCCCAAUCGUGGCUUUCACCGUAGCCACAGCCCGAUUCCUUAAACCCCCUGACACAAAACGCAAACGCUUUCCAGAAGCAACUUUUCAUUUCAGCUCACUCGUCCCUGGGUUUUAGACUUCGGAGCUCCGAAUAAUCAUGAGGAGAAUCAGCCGCUUAGCCACCGUUUGCCGGGCCGGCGCCGUCACCGCCAAUGCCACUACCGGAAACACCAUGCCCAGCUGCCUGGUCCGGACGUCUUUGUACAGCAGCAGCAUUUCUGGGAGGCAUCAUAAUUGGUUCACAAAUGCUUGCCCCGCUAUCACCAGUACUAACCUCGUUGAUCCGCCGGCUCGCUUCGUUGCCGGAAACAUGCUUUUCUCCUCUUCCGCGGCUUCUUCUGCUUCUGUUUCUGAUGAAUUCGAGCCGAAAUCAAAAGCUUACCCCAAAGACGUUGUCCUCUAUCAGUACGAAGCCUGCCCUUUUUGCAACAAGGUUAAAGCAUUCUUGGAUUACUAUGAUAUACCGUACAAAGUUGUGGAGGUCAAUCCAAUUAGCAAGAAGGAGAUCAAAUGGUCUGAUUACAAGAAAGUUCCUAUUUUGAUGGUUGAUGGAGAACAGAUGGUUAACUCAUCAGAAAUUCUCGAUGAAUUGUCGCAAAGAAUCGAUUCUAGGGAUAAAGUCGAUGAAUCAUCAGAUGAAGCUGGUGAAGAGAAGCAAUGGCGUGGAUGGGUUGACAAUCAUCUGGUGCAUCUCUUGUCGCCGAACAUCUAUCGUAGUCCAUCAGAGGCCCUGGAGUCAUUUGACUACAUUGCCAGUCACGGUAAUUUCAGCUUCACAGAAAGGAUAGUGGCAAAGUAUGCAGGUGCUGCAGCCAUGUACUUUGUGUCAAAAAAAUUGAAAAAACGGCACAAUAUCACUGAUGAACGAGCUGCUCUGUAUGAUGCAGCAGAAACUUGGGUAGAUGCUCUUAAGGGCCGAGAUUUCCUAGGUUUGUUUGUUAGGGUAUCGUUAGUUGGUUGAAAGUUGCAUUUUGCUUAGACUUCGAUAGUUAAUGAUUUUUUAUUUUUUUUAUCCUCUAAUUUCUUUUGUCCUACAGGUGGUUCGAAACCAAACCUAGCAGAUUUGUCAGUUUUCGGUGUCUUAAGACCUAUUCGCUACCUUACAUCUGGUAAAGACAUGGCAGAACACACUCAGAUUGGUGAUUGGUAUUCGCGUAUGGAAGGCAUCGUUGGAGGACCUUCUAGGGUGCAAGGAUGAGCUGAUUGGUCUUACUGCGCCACAAAGUUGGCGAUAAUUGUUGCUCUGGGCGUGCUUAUAGGACUUUUCCUCCUAUAUUUUUUUUCCCCAUCUUCAUGAGUUUGUUGAACCGUCUUCCGGUCGUAUACUGCGGGAGAAUGGAGCGAGAAAUGCAUUUCUUUGAUUUCGUAGUUUUAGAACUUGUACCAAGGAAGCUGAAAAUCCUUGAGUAGACGACCGAUUAAGUGUAUAGAUGACAAAUCAAUGCCUAAUAAUACUUUCUUUUCA